AUGGAUACUAUCGCGGAUUUCCCAGACUUUUAUCGAGUUUUAGGUGUUGAGUCAGAUGUCAGUUCGGCUGAGAUGAAACUAAGAUAUCACCAGCUUUCUUUGAAAUAUCACCCCGAUAAAAAUCAAACUGCCACCAACGAGGACUUUCUCAAAGUUAAAUUGGCCUUCCAAGUUCUUAGUGAUCCUAAUCUGAAGCAGCAUUACGAUUUGCAAUAUGUCACCAAAGUUUUGGGCCGAACUGGUUCCCAGGGACAGUGUACCCAGGUUAAAGUGGAGUUUUUGGGAGAACCAAACAGAUCAAUCAUCAGGAAUGUAAAGGGACCUGUUCGGGAAGGAGACAUUCUUACCCUGCUGGAAUCUGAACGUGAAGCCAGAAGACUACGCUAA